GUCAGACUGCACAGCUCCAUUCGUGUCGACUGUCCAGAGUCCAUGAAUACAACCCUGCACUUUUCACCACCACCACCAAUUCAACCUGACCACACAUACACAGCAAAGCAGCACAUCUGCAGAGCAGCCGUGACAGCAGACACAUUCCAGCAGCCUCUCCUGCCUCUGUUUAGACAUGUCACUCUACAGUUUUGGCCUGGAGCCGCUCUCCUGCCACGCCUGGAACAAACACAGGACCCAGAUUGCAGUGAGUCCGAACAACAAUGCUGUGAACAUUUAUGAGAAGAAAGGCAAAGACUGGGUCAAAAUCCAUGAGCUUACUGAGCACAGUGGACGAAUCACAGGCAUUGACUGGGCCCCAGAGUCCAACCGCAUUGUGACAUGUGCCUCUGACCGCAACGCCUAUGUGUGGACUCUGAAGGAUGGCAUGUGGAAACCCACCCUGGUCUUGGUGCGCAUCAACCGUGCAGCCACGUGUGUGAAGUGGUCACCUCUGGAAAACAAGUUUGCUCUGGGUAGUGGAGCUCGUCUUAUCUCUGUCUGCUACUUUGAGAAGGAGAACGACUGGUGGCUGAGUAAGCACAUCAAGAAGCCCAUUCGCUCCACAGUCCUGAGUCUGGACUGGCAUCCCAACAACAUCCUACUGGCAGCUGGAUCUGCAGACCUUCACUGCAGGGUUUUCUCAGCUUACAUCAAGGACAUCGAGGACAAACCUGGACCUACUGCUUGGGGGGCCAAGAUGCCUUUUGGGGAGGUGCUGCUGGAGCAUAAGGACUGUGGAGGCUGGGUGCACAGUGUCUCCUUUUCCCCCAGUGGAGACCAGCUGGCGUGGGUGGCCCACAACAGCAGCAUCACUGUGGUUGAUGCUGCCCAGAAGAAAGAGGUAACCCAGCUGACCACUGACUGUCUGCCGCUGCUAAGCGUCCUCUAUGUCAGCCUGACUGAAAUUGUUGCUGCGGGUCAUGACUGCUGUCCAUACCAGUUCACCUAUAAGGGUCCUGGUGCCCUGGAGUUUGCAAAGAAGCUGGACAUACCCAAGCAGACCUCUAAGGGCAGCAUGUCAGCCAUGCAACACUUCCGCAACCUGGACAAGAGGGCCACUGAGGAGGACAACAACGAGCUGGGCACCCUUCACCAGAACAGCAUCACGCAGCUGUGUGUUGUAUCAGGGGAGAAAGCCAAAGUGGAGAAGUACAGUAGUGUGGGUCUGGAUGGAGCCAUGGUGAUCUGGGAUUUUAAGCAUUGAACCAAGAAGAAUAUAAGGAUGACAGAAGUACUGAGGAAUAUAUCUGCCAGUAAACCCCUGUGCAUAUAUAUGGAACUACUGAUAUGCUUUUAAGUAACGUGAAAACACUGUCAGCACAUGUGCUUUGUGAUAUUUGUGACUAAAACAUCUUUUAAAUCAAUAA